AUGCUGCACUGCGGCGAUGGCACAGUUCAACCAAACUUCCUCCCUCCGCCUCCCACUCCGACGUUAAGGCCACCCCCUUGCUUGGUUGUGAUUGGCAAGACGGGCGGAGCCCUUCACGGCGAUUGGCGGCUGCCGGAGGGAGGUGGGAGGAGCUCGGCAGCCGCCGCCAGGCGCGGAGGGGAAGCUGAGCAGAAGCGCUCGAGGUUUUGUUUUUCCCCACCCCGUCAAUUUAAUUUUAUUCUUUUGAAGAUUCUUCGUUGUCAAGCCGCCAAAGUGGAGAGUGCGAUUGCAGAAGGGGGUGCUUCUCGUUUCAGUGCUUCUUCAGGCGGAGGAGGUGGUAGGGGUGCACCUCAGCACUAUCCCAAGACUGCCAGCAACAGCGAGUUCCUGGGGAAAACCCCAGGGCAAAACGCUCAGAAAUGGAUUCCUUCACGAAGCACUAGACGAGAUGACGACUCCGCAAAUGACAAAGAACGACAUGAUGCAAUCUUCAGGAAAGUAAGAGGCAUACUAAAUAAGCUUACUCCUGAAAAGUUCGACAAGCUAUGCCUUGAGCUCCUCAAUGUGGGUGUAGAAUCUAAGCUCAUCCUAAAAGGGGUCAUACUGCUGAUCGUAGACAAAGCCCUUGAAGAGCCCAAGUAUAGCUCACUGUAUGCUCAACUAUGUCUGCGACUGGCAGAAGAUGCACCCAACUUUGAUGGCCCAUCAGCAGAGAGUCAUCCAGGACAGAAGCAAAGCACAACAUUCAGACGCCUCCUAAUAUCUAAACUUCAAGAUGAAUUUGAAAACCGAACCAGAAAUGUUGAUAUCUAUGAUAAGCAUGAUGGUCCCCUCCUCCCUGAGGAGGAGGAACAGAGAGCCAUUGCCAAGAUCAAGAUGCUGGGGAACAUCAAAUUCAUUGGAGAACUUGGCAAGCUUGAUCUUAUUCAUGAAUCUAUCCUUCAUAAGUGCAUCAAAACACUUUUGGAAAAGAAGAAGAGAGUCCAACUCAAAGAUAUGGGGGAGGAUUUGGAGUGCCUCUGUCAGAUAAUGAGGACAGUGGGACCUAGAUUAGACCAUGCAAAAGCCAAGUCCUUAAUGGAUCAGUACUUUGCCCGUAUGCGCUCCUUGAUGUCAAGUAAGGAAUUGCCAGCAAGGAUUCGUUUCCUGCUGCAGGAUACUGUGGAGUUGAGAGAACACAGCUGGGUUCCUCGCAAAGCUUUUCUUGACAAUGGACCAAAGACUAUCAAUCAAAUCCGUCAAGAUGCAGUAAAAGAUCUGGGAGUGUUUAUUCCUGCUCCUAUGUCUCAAGGGAUGAGAAGCGACUUCUUUCUGGAGGGACCCUUUAUGCCACCCAGGAUGAAACUUGACAGGGACCCACUCGGAGGGCUUGCUGAUAUGUUUGGACAAAUGCCAGGUAGUGGAAUUGGUACUGGUCCAGGGGUUAUUCAGGAUAGAUUUUCACCCACCAUGGGACGUCAUCGUUCAAACCAACUUUUCAAUGGCCAUGGGGGUCACCUCAUGCCUUCUGCGCAAGCCCAGUUUGGAGACCUAGGCAAAUCUUUUCUGAAAAGUCAGGGGCAAAGCCAGCUCUACCAUAACCAGAAUCAGGGACUCUUAUCCCAGCAACAAGGACAGUCGAAGGAUAUGCCACCUCGGUUUUCUAAGAAAGGACAGCUUAAUGCAGAUGAGAUUAGCCUGAGACCUGCUCAGUCUUUUCUAAUGAAUAAAAACCAAGUGCCAAAGCUUCAGCCCCAGAUAACUAUGAUUCCACCCAGUGCUCAACCACCACGCACUCAGACACCACCUUUGGGACAGCCUCCUCAACUUGGUCUUAAAACAAAUCCACCACUUAUACAAGAAAAGCCUGCAAAGACCACCAAGAAACCACCUCCUUCUAAAGAAGAGCUACUUAAGCAAACUGAAGCUGUUGUGACUGAAUAUCUGAACAAUGGAAAUGCUAAUGAUGCUGUCAAUACUGUGAGAGAAAUGAGAGCUCCAAAACACUUCAUUCCUGAGAUGCUGAGCAAAGUAAUCCUUCAGUCUCUAGAUAGAUCAGAUGAAGACAAAGAGAAAGCAAGUACUUUGAUCAGCUUGCUCAAGCAGGAGGGAAUAGCCACAAGUGACAAUUUCAUGCAGGCAUUCCUGAAUGUAUUGGACCAGUGCCCCAAACUGGAGGUGGACAUCCCAUUGGUGAAAUCCUACUUAGCACAGUUUGCAGCCCGUGCCAUUAUUUCAGAACUGGUGAGCAUUUCUGAACUGGCUCAACCACUGGAAAGUGGCACCCAUUUCCCUCUCUUCCUGCUUUGCCUUCAGCAGUUAGCUAAGUUACAAGAUCGUGAAUGGCUAACGGAAUUGUUCCAACAAAGCAAAGUGAAUAUGCAGAAAAUGUUACCAGAAAUUGACCAGAACAAGGACCGCAUGCUGGAGAUCUUAGAAGGGAAGGGGCUUAGCUUCUUGUUCCCGCUUCUGAAACUGGAGAAGGAACUGCUAAAGCAAAUAAAAUCAGAUCCAUCCCCUCAAGCCAUCUACAAGUGGAUUAAAGAUAACAUUUCACCCAAACUUCAUGUAGAUAAGGGAUUUGUGAAUAUAUUGAUGACCAGUUUCUUGCAGUAUAUUUCUAGUGAGGUAAACCCACCCAGUGACGAAUCGGAUUCUUCAUCUGCGCCAUCUAAAGAGCAGCUCGAGCAGGAAAAACAGCUGCUUCUUUCCUUCAAGCCGGUAAUGCAGAAGUUCCUCCAUGACCAUGUUGAUCUGCAAGUGAGUGCUCUAUAUGCACUCCAGGUGCACUGCUACAACAAUAACUUUCCAAAAGGUAUGUGCAUCAGGACCUUGCCCAGAAUUGUAAACCAAUGGCUGACCUGGCUGGAAACUGCUGAAGAAGAAGAAUCUGAAGAAGAAGCUGACUAA